AUGACCGUUCACUCUGUGGCUCAGCUAGGCUUCAACACCGCUACAGAGCAUUAUGACCGCUCACGGCCAUCAUACCAGCCUGUCGCGCUAUCUUAUAUCCGUCGUGCUGUUGAGUCUCCCCAACAGAUAAAUGUCGUCGAGCGAGUUUUGCCAUUUACUUUGAUCGGGGCGGGUAGUGGGCUCUUCACUAAAGCUUUCAUUGCACAUCCUGAAUGGAAGGACGCCUUCAAAGAACUCAAAGCUAUUGAACCCAGCCCAGGAAUGCGCACUGUCUUCACGCAAACCUUGUCCGAUGAGCGUGUGUCUAUCAACGAAGGCACUUUUGACCACACCGGAAUUGCGGAUGGCUGGGCAGACCUUGUUGUUAUCGCACAAGCAUUUCAUUGGUCGCCAGACUUCGAUCAGUCUGCAAAGGAGAUUGGUCGUAUCUUGAAGCCUGGCGGCGUCCUUGCGCUCAUAUGGAAUCUGGAGGACAGAGAAACCGCUCAAUGGGUCGCGCAAGUCCGCGAUACUAUCGAGAAGUUUGAACAAGGAACUCCGCAGUACCGCCAUGGACUCUGGCGCCGCGUUUUCCAGACGGAAGGGUAUCGGGCUAGCUUCGAACCCCCACAGGAGAAAACUUGGAGUUACGCGCUUCAAGCCACGAAGGACACAGUUCUCGAUCGUGCAUUCAGCAAAAGCUAUAUGACGCUGCUCAGUGACGAAAAAAAGGCGCAAACUCGCGCCGAUCUUAGUGCUGUUAUCGAUAAAGGAAAGGGAAGAGUUUGGGUAAACGAAGACGAAGGCAUAUUCGAGUACCCUUACAAGACCGACGUAGUUAUCGCCCGCCGACGUGCAUGA